GGCGGCGGGGGCGGUAAUGGCGGAGCUGGUGCAGGGGCAGAGCGCUCCGGUGGGGAUGAAGGCGGAGGGCUUCGUGGACGCCCUGCACCGGGUCCGGCAGAUUGCUGCUAAAAUUGAUUCAAUUCCUCACUUGAAUAAUUCCGCACCGCUAGUGGACCCCUCAGUGUAUGGAUAUGGAGUGCAGAAACGGCCCUUGGACGACGGAGUAGGUAACCAGUUAGGGGCCUUGGUACAUCAAAGGGCAGUCAUAACAGAAGAAUUCAAAGUGCCUGAUAAAAUGGUUGGCUUUAUUAUUGGCAGGGGAGGUGAGCAGAUUUCACGGAUUCAAGCAGAAUCUGGUUGCAAAAUUCAGAUUGCCUCAGAGAGUUCUGGGAUUCCAGAGAGGCCCUGUGUACUUACCGGAACCCCAGAAAGUAUUGAACUAGCCAAACGGCUCCUGGGGCAGAUCGUGGACCGCUGUCGGAACGGACCGGGCUUCCACAACGACAUAGAUGGCAGCAACACCAUCCAGGAGGUCCUCAUCCCUGCAUCCAAAGUGGGGCUGGUCAUUGGCAAAGGAGGGGAAACCAUCAAGCAGCUGCAGGAGCGGACGGGUGUGAAAAUGGUCAUGAUCCAGGACGGCCCGUUGCCUACGGGAGCAGACAAGCCUCUCCGCAUGACGGGAGACCCGUUUAAAGUGCAGCAAGCAAGAGAAAUGGUAUUAGAGAUCAUCCGAGAAAAAGACCAAGGUGACUUUCGAGGUGUGCGCAGUGACUUCGCCUCCCGAGCGGGAGGAGGCAGUAUAGAGGUGUCUGUGCCUAGGUUUGCUGUCGGGAUUGUAAUAGGAAGAAAUGGGGAAAUGAUCAAAAAGAUCCAGAAUGAUGCUGGUGUGAGGAUUCAGUUCAAACCAGACGACGGUAUUAGUCCAGAGAGAGCUGCGCAGGUCAUGGGACCCCCCGACCGAUGUCAGCACGCAGCUCAUGUCAUCAACGAGCUUAUUCUUACAGCCCAGGAAAGGGACGGCUUCGGCGGCCUCGCGGCGGCCAGAGGACGCGGCCGGGGCCGUGGUGACUGGAGUCUGGGAGCCCCCGGGGGCCUCCAGGAGAUAACGUGCACGGUGCCAGCCGACAAGUGCGGCCUCGUAAUCGGCAAAGGGGGCGAGAACAUCAAAAGCAUAAACCAGCAGUCAGGAGCCCACGUGGAGCUGCAGCGGAACCCCCCCCCCAACACCGACCCCGGCCUGCGGAUAUUCACCAUCCGGGGGCUUCCUCAGCAGAUCGAGGUGGCCAGGCACCUCAUAGAUGAGAAAGUUGGCGGCACCAGCCUCGGAGCACCGGGAGCCUUUGGACAGAGCCCCUUCAGCCAGCCCCCCGCUGCACCUCAUCAAAACACCUUCCCUCCAAGGAGCUCAGGGUGCUUCCCAAACAUUGCUGCUAAAGUCAACGGGAACCCCCACAGUGCCCCUGUGAGUGGUCCCCCGGCUUUUCUGACCCAGGGCUGGGGCAGCACCUACCAGGCGUGGCAGCAGCCAGCACAGCAAGUCCCAGGCCAGCAGAGCCAGCCGCAGAGCAGCCAGCCCGACUACAGCAAGGCCUGGGAAGACUAUUACAAAAAGCAGAGUCACGCUGCCAGCGCUGCUCCGCAGGCCAGCUCCCCGCCGGACUACACGAUGGCCUGGGCAGAAUACUACAGGCAGCAGGCUGCGUUCUACGGGCAGACAUUAGGGCAAGCGCAGGCCCACAGCCAGGCUGACCGCUCUCCCCUUCCUCCCACAGGAGCACUAGGACAGUGACGCGUGGCCCCUCCCCGGGAUCAGUGUGAGGAAAACCUGUUUGUAACAGAGGUUUUUAGAUUUGCAAACCUUUUGAUGAAGAACCUUUGUUUUCUGUGAAACACUAUUAUUAACACAAUUUUUCUAAAAAUCAAGAAAUCAGUCACUAAAAAUUGCUGAUAAUUUCUGUUAUUUCAAGUGUGGAAGCUCUGGGAUUUUUUGGAGCACUAUCUGCAAAUCCAGGUAGCAAAAUGUGCCUCAGAGCAGUGACAUUUCAACUGGUGUGUUUUUGUUUUUGUUUUUGUUUUUUGAGUGUCUUUUUAUUUACAGUUGUUUCUGUGGCAACAGAAAGUGGCUUGGAAGUCUUAGGUGGUAUGUAACAAAUUAUUUUUAAAAAUUUUUAAACAAUAUUUAAAUGUUCUUAAAUGUGUAAAUUCAUUAAAUGUUUUACUUCUAAUUUCUUGUAUUUUGGCUGUCUGGUGUUAUUGCAUUUUUUUUUUUAAAAAAACAACUAUUAUGUAUUGUAAUUAAUUAUGUGAAUUCUGAAUUGAGACAGAGAAUUGUAUCGCUGUCCAACAGGGAUUGGGAGGGGGCAUUUUAUAGGGUUUGUAUAAUUUCUAGAGUUCUAAGGGUAAUAUAAAAAUGUUAGCAUAUUUUUUCAUGUCUCCAUCACCAGUUCCAAUUGUGUAUCUAAGACCUCCAAGCUUGUUUUAAAAACAAAACAAAAAACCUUUCUCUAUUCUCUCAGAAAUAUAAAUUGUGUUAUUUUUAAUAUUAAAAAGAAAUUCAAUAUAACUUUUAACACUGUGGAACAUUAAACUGCAUAAAAAUGUAGUAACUAUUUUUUAAUUCCAAGGCAUUCUUUGUGUUUUUCUUUUAAAUAUUUUUUAAUAUUUGUCAAAUUAACUAGAUGGAUAAAUAAAUCUAGUAUUAACCACAAUAUGAAUUAAGUAAUUUUGAUUUAAUAAAAGGGAUAAUAUUUCCAAUGUUUACUGUAGUUUAUCUUGUACAGAUAACAUGUAUUUUUAAAGGAAAGAAAAACAGACUUGAAGCUAUUUUUUUCCCGCAUUUUUGAUUGACCUGGGAGACAUUCCGUUGGAAAUGUACUGAGGAUAGUGUUUCCUUGUUUUCCUUAUUAAAUGCUUGAAAUGUCUAACUAUUAAAAAAGGCUGAUGGAAAUGUUAUGCAUGUUGUUUUUAAAAAAAAAAAAAAGUGGUCUUUUUUUUGGACUGACAAUUCAUUUUACACUCUAUAAUAAAAUU